ACAUGUCGAGGAAGCUAGUCUGGCGACGGCGCACUGCGGAGGGCUUCUAUCGUCCGGCGGGUCAGCUGCCGAGCGUGGCGGCGUUGGGCUUCUGUCGCCGCGCACGCUUCCUUGUGCCCCUAUCUCCUCCUCAGCCGUCGGAGAAGUGGAGGAGAAGAGGGCGCGAUGGCGUCGGCGUAUUCGAAAUCGGCAAUUUCGGCAUCGAUGCCUGCCAUGAGGGCUCUCGACGGGCAGAAGCGAAAGCCUUGCCGCCGUCAAAGACGCCCCACGCGUCGAAAAUGUAGAGGGUAAAGUCAAAGCUUUGCUUGAAAGAAUUGAAGAUGGAAAGGUUUCAGAAUCUGUGUUUUUUUUCAUUUCUCUAUAAAACUGGUGAUCAUAAUUUGUUCCUGUGAUAGUUGCCUGGGCAACAUUGAGUAUCUACAAUUUGAUUGAAUUUUCUGCUGUACUCUCCAUCUUAUGUUGAUUUUUCCAUCUUUGCUCAUUGGUGUCACUGAUAUCUCUCUCUAUUAUCACUAUGCUAGCUAUAUUCUGCUGUCAUUUUACUAUUGUUAUCUCUGUCUUCAUCCACUUUUUGGCUUAUUUACUCAUAAUAUAGUUACAUUUCCUGGUAUUAUUUGAUUACUUUCCUAUUUUCUCAUAACACUAGUAUAUUUCCCCAUUAUUCUGCAUCUAAAAUGUAUUCACAGCUAUUGCAAUCUAAUUCUCAUUUGUAUAUACACUUUUUUAGGUGAUGAUGAUCUAUUUUGUAAUGAUAUCACUCUUCUGCAUCAUAUUUUGCUUAUAUUGUGAAUAAGAUAUUUCUUACAAAUAUUUGCAUUCUGUUACUUUUAUCUUUGCUUUCUACAAAGGGGUGAUUGAAAAGCUUUAGAGUUCAAAGAGUACAAUCUUAAUGCUCAGGUGCAACCAAACCAAAUUGGCUAUCUGCAACCUUUGCUAGAGGCAUAGUUAAACUCGCCUCUUCACUUUCUGUUACUUCUGAUGAUGUAUGCUUGAAGUAGACAUAUUGGCUAGACAAAUAGUUGGUUCCACUUGUUGAGUAUACCUUUAUGUAUUUAAUUUCAAAGAAAGUUGAAGUCCAGGUUAAGUUUGCGAAUUGUGAUUAUACUUAUGUUGUCAAGACUAGCAAUAUUUCACUUUAGCAUAUUAAGUUACUUUGCAAUAUAAUGCAGUUACAUUUUGAGAAAUAAUUAAAAACAAUAUAUAUGUGCCAUCUUCCAUCAUCUCUUGUGAUGGCUUGUAAUGGAUUAAGUACUGCUGGAACAAAGGUUCUAACUUUUUGAUGCAAUUUUCAUGAAAGUCGGUGUUAUAUCAACUUGCCAUGUUAUUUUGUUAUGUUAAAGUUUUGAUGACAGAGUGUUGAUAUACAAACUUGGUAAUUUCGAUAGAAAAAGAGAAGAAAACAGAAUAAGGUGAAAAGUGGCUAACUUUUAUUUUUUGGAGAUGCAUAUUUAAUCUGCAUGGACUCCAAAAACUAAGAAAAGGAAAUGGUCUUAUCAUCAUGAUUAUCUCGAUUCAGUGGUCCUUGUGCCUACAUCGAUACUUCAAACUAAAAAAGAAUAUUAAGGUCUUUUUAACAUAAAUAAGCUUGAUCCUGGGGGCCUUGACAUUUAAGGCUUUGCUGUUUUAUGGCCUAGUUCAGCCAGUAUGGUAUGGGUCUUGUCAUACUGGCAUGAUACUUAGCAUCAUUGUUGGUACCAAUGUUUCACAACUUGUGAUCUGUGCAGCUCUAUAUGGAAAUACAUAUACAGAUGCAAUCAUGUAAUCGCCUUGCAUAAGGCUAUGCAAUCUGAUGGUCUAUGCAACUGUGUUGUCACAACCACUUGUCAUUUUGUAUUCCUGUUUUGCUUCACACUCUACUCAAUUAAAUAUCUAUAAUCAGUUCAGAACAAACAACAUAAUAUGUUGACAUGUCACAUUCGCUUCCCUUCUGCUGUUUGAUCAAGCAAGAGGACUUGCUGUCAUUGAAAGGCUUGCAAUUUUGGUUUUCCUUAAACUUCAAAUUACUUUGUCUCAGGUCUGUGAGGAAAUUCAAAGUAUCUUUCUACAAAUGGGUUUUGAGGAGAUGCCGACAAAUAACUUUGUUGAAAGCAGCUUUUGGAAUUUCGAUGCUUUAUUCCAGCCACAACAGCAUCCUGCUCAUGAUUCACAUGAUCCUGGUUCUAGGAGAUCCUUACCUGAUGAUUAUGUUGAGAGAGUCAAGCUUGUUCUUGAAUCUGGUGGAUAUGGAUCCAAAGGAUAUGGAUAUGAUUGGAAAGGGAAGAAGCUGAUAAGAAUCUCCUUCGGACACACACAACUGCAGUUUCUACUAGAAUACUUUACAUGCUUGCUCAGCAGAGCCAAUCGUUGGAAAAUGGAACCACAUAGCUGAACCCAAGGUUCACAAUUUCAGGUUCCGAACCCUUCUCGGAGGUCUAUCGGACUAAUAUGUAUCGGCCAGUACUUGUGUACCUACACAUGGUACGUUGGUGCAUACCAGUAUUUCGGGGUUGAAGAAAAAGAGGAAAAAGAGAAAUGGGUGAUGGAAAAAUAG